UCUGAGCUUCAGCUGUAGAAUGUUGACAUAUGUAUGUCCUAUGUAGUGUAACUGAUUAACAGCCGCCUUUAAUGAUAAAUCGGCAAUCAGCACCAUGGACAGAGUCCCUGUUUACGAACUGAGGAAAACUUCUCUCUCUAGAGGUUAAAUCGUAAUAGAUAUGUCCUGUCAUUUUAAAACGGCCUUUUUAUGUCCAUACUUUCUCAGGAUAGUUAAGGUAUACCAUUUUGUAAUCAAAAUGUCUUCAUCUCGCUUUCAUUCUGUCCAGUUUCCAAAAAAAAAAAAAAAAAAAAAAAAAAAAAAACUGUGUAAUACGAGGUGUUGUAAUUUAAACUUUACUCACUUUCAAAAAUGCCCUCACCAUCGCCUUCUUUCCUACAAUUUAACAAUAUUAUCCCUUAUUGUCAUUAUCUUACCCAAAUCUUUCUCUUCAGACCUUGUAACUUUAUUUAACCAUUACCACUCAUACUGGCGGUAUCAGCAUUUCAUGUGUAAUUUUGACUUUGAACUCAGAGGGACGCUGUUGACCAGUAUGUAUCAGUUUUACAGCAGUUGCAUAGUGGUACCUCCCAUCAUCUCCGUAUAUUUGAGCUAGAGGCAAGACGGGCUGAUACAGUCAAGCACACAUGCGGGGGAUCCAACAGAAAUCAGACACCGAGAUAUUGGACGACUGUUUAUUUAUGCUUUUAAGAGAUUUUAAGACCUUGUAUUGACUGCAGAUUAAUGAUAAAUAAAUGUAAAAGGAGACCGAAAGCUGUACAUAAGGAUUUCCUGCAAAGACGAUGUCGGACUUAACAAUGAAACGGCAAGUACUGUUGUUUAUCUCGGUCCUCUGCUUCAGCACAGUGCUCGGACAGGUCAGCUACUCCAUUCCCGAGGAAAUGUCUAAAGGCUCUUUAGUUGGCAACAUAGCUCAGGAUUUAGGUCUAGAUGCCAAAAGACUGACGUCCGGAAAGGCUCGCGUUUUUACACGAGACAGCACAGCAUACGUCGAGCUAAACAGAGAAAGGGGAACUCUCCUGAUUAAAGAGAGAAUAGACAGAGAGGCACUCUGUGAACAAACGACGCCCUGCGCUUUGCAUUUUCAGAUUUUACUGGAAAAUCCAAUGGAAUUCUACAGUAUCACCGUUGAAAUCACAGAUAUAAAUGAUAACCCCCCGACCUUUGUUACAAGCUUUGUUCAAUUUAAUAUCAGCGAAUCUGCACUUAUUGGCACCACAUUCAAUUUAGACCGGGCGACUGAUCUUGAUGUGGGCGAAAAUAGUUUAAAAACCUAUGUCUUGAAACCAACCGAUAUAUUUUCUCUUAGAAUUAAUAAUCAAGGAGAUGGCAGCAAAAAUGUCGAGAUGAUUUUGAAUGCACCUCUGGACAGAGAGAAAAAUGAUCACCUGUCUUUGGUCCUGACGGCGGUGGAUGGUGGUGAGCCGCAGAUGUCAGGAACAAUGCAGAUUCUAAUCACCGUUUUAGACGCUAAUGACAAUGCUCCCGUUUUUACCCAGUCGGUUUAUAAAGCCUCUAUCCAGGAAAAUGCAUCAGUGGGAACAGCUGUAGCGACAGUUACUGCAACAGACGCAGAUUACGGAUCUAAUGGUAAAAUAACAUAUUCAAUUUCAAGUAUGCUGGAUAAUACCCGUGGAAUGUUUGAAAUUAAUAAGGAAAAUGGCGAGGUCACGUUAAAUGGAAAAGUUGACUAUGAGAAGGCGAGACAUUUUCAGGUGAAUAUUCGCGCUAGUGAUGACGGGGGACUAACGGGUUCUUGCAAACUGAUAGUUGAUGUGUUAGAUGUGAAUGACAACCAUCCUGAUAUUCAUAUUAUGUCGAAAUCAAAUGUAAUAUCGGAAGACGCAACACUUAACACUGUUGUGACAAUGAUAAAUGUGGAAGAUGCAGACUCUGCUGAAAAUGGAAAAGUACAGUGUGCCAUUAAUGACAAUAACAAUUUCAUGUUAAAGUCAACAUCGGAUAAAUUCUAUAGUCUCGUGACAGACAGUGAUUUGGACAGAGAGACAGCCUCUGAGUAUAAUAUAACUGUGACCUGCUCUGAUGAGGGAGUCCCCUCCCUCUCCAGCAGCGUCACUCUCACCUUACAGAUCUCUGAUGUCAAUGACAACGCUCCUGUCUUUGAGAGGAGCUCAUAUGAGGCCUACAUUGUAGAAAACAACACACCAGGUCUCUCUAUAUUCACAGUGAGAGCCAGAGACGCUGACUGGAACCAGAAUGCCCGUGUUUCUUACAUACUGGAGGACUUCUCUGUUAACGGAGUGCCAGUCUCCUCAUAUGUGUCCGUUAGUGCUGAUAGUGGAGUCAUCCAUGCAGUGCGCUCUUUUGACUACGAGCAGAUCAAAGAUUUCCAGUUCCGCGUCAAAGCUCAGGAUGGAGGCUCUCCUCCACUCAGUAGCAACGUGACUGUGAAAAUGCUGAUCCAGGACCAGAACGACAACCCUCCUCAGAUUCUGUACCCAGUCCAGACUGGUGGCUCUCUGGUGGCUGAAAUGGUGCCUCGUUCAGCAGAUGUGGGCUAUCUGGUGACUAAAGUGGUGGCUGUUGAUGUGGACUCUGGACAGAAUGCCUGGCUCUCCUAUAAACUGCAGAAAGCCACAGACAGGGCGCUGUUUGAAGUGGGCUUACAGAAUGGAGAAAUAAGAACUAUCCGCCAAGUGACUGAUAAAGAUGCAGUGAAACAAAGACUGACUGUUAUAGUGGAGGACAACGGGCAGCCCUCUCGUUCAGCUACAGUCAUUGUUAACGUGGCGGUGGCGGACAGCUUCCCUGAAGUUCUGUCGGAGUUCACUGACUUUACCCAGGACAAGGAGUACAAUGACAACCUGACUUUUUACUUAGUGUUGGCUCUGGCUGUAGUUUCCUUCCUCUUCAUCACGUGUUUAGUGGUUAUUAUAUCAGUGAAAAUCUACAGAUGGAGACAGUCUCGCAUCCUGUAUCACUCCAAUCUCCCUGUGAUUCCAUAUUAUCCACCACGUUACUCGGACACUUUGGGGACAGGGACUCUCCAACACGUGUACAAUUACGAGGUGUGCAGGACGACUGACUCCAGAAAGAGUGACUGUAAGUUCGGCAGAGCUGGUAGUCAGAACGUGCUGAUAAUGGACCCCAGUUCUACAGGGACGAUGCAGCGGAUACAGAAUGAAAAGAGCAUCCUGGAUGAACCAGACUCUCCUCUAGAGCAAAAGCCCCCCAACAAUGACUGGCGCUUCACACAGGGACAGAGACCUGGACCUAGCGGUCCCCACAUGCCAUACGGUACACACAUACGAUGGACGCCGAAGAGUGGGACAAGGGCAACUGGAGGACCUGAGGUUGCCAUGGGAACUGGCCCCUGGCCCCAACCCCCUACUGAAGCUGAACAGCUCCAGGCCCUGAUGGCUGCUGCUAACGAAGUGAGCGAGGCUACGGCCACCCUGGGGCCUGGCACCAUGGGCCUUAGCACCCGCUACAGCCCCCAGUUCACCCUGCAGCACGUGCCCGACUACCGUCAGAACGUCUACAUCCCCGGCAGCACGGCUACCCUCACCUCCAACCCCCAGCAGCAGCAGGCCACGGCCCAGCAGGCCACCCAGCAGGCUCUGCCCCCGCCCCAGGCCACGGCCCAGCCCGAACCCCCCAAGGCUGCCCAGACCCCCGCCUCCAAGAAGAAGUCUACCAAGAAGGAGAAGAAGUAGAUCUGGAUGGAGAGAGGUGGAGGAAUGAUAAACCCGGCCUGAUCUGAUGAGAAAUUCAACCCCCCAUAUCCCCCCACUUGGUAUCUGACUGCUCUGCUGUCACUCAUGCUAGCCACGGUCUAAAUAUUGACAACAAAUCAAUUUUGGCCGCAUGAACGAUGUUGAUGGUUCUUUGUCAAAGGAUCUGAAUGUGUUGAAGGUUGUUCCUGGUGUUGAUAACCUGUGCUGUGCUAAAGGUCUAGUAUUGCUCACGUGAUCUUUGUUGGUAGAUAUUUUUGGCAGGGUAUGGGGGGUUAUUGUGUUUUUUUUUUUUUUUUAAUUUUGGCAGAAUCAAAUGAACUUGGACAAAGAGAUUCAGUGUAACGAACCUUGCUGGGAUGACAAGGCUAUACGCAGUGAUGUAUUAAGAGAUGAAAUGUUAAUGUCUUUCAUGUUGGAUUUAUUGUUCUCUUUCCCUGAGGCGGAAAGUCAGCUAUUGUAAAGUACGCUAGUUGCCAUCCAUUAGAUUCCUAUAUAGGGUCGGCCUUGCAGGGUCUUAAAGCAUAAGUCCUGUGGAUAUAAGGCUGUUGUUUGACAGGUAUUACAAACUCUUCUGCAUGCUCUUUAAGGUUCAAACCACAUAUACUAGUUUAGAGUUGCAAACUAUGCAUUGCAAAAGCAAAGAGGAGGACAUCCUGAAUUUAUUAUCCUCCCUCCAAUCGCAGGUCAAUAUAAUGCACAUGUAGCAUUUACUUGACACAAAAAGAAAAUUACUUUUGUAAUCAUAGUUUAAAAAGAUAAGAUUUUAAUCUCCUGUUAUUUUUAUGACCUGAGCAUGCACCCAGAGGAAGGGCUGGCAGAGGGUGGAGAGGCACAGCACUGUGUCGUGGAGUCACGAGCCAUGCUGUCCAUGCAGGUGGUAUAGCAGCAGGGACUGGCUCCUUGUACAACACCUCCAGAUGGGCACAGACAUGUCCUGCACCCUCUACCCUCCCCUCUUCACACCCAGCUCGUGUCCUCCCCCUUCACUCACUACCCCACAUGGAGAGACAAACAAAGAGAAAUGCACUGUUCGUAUUCUGAAGAUGAGAUGAUGUAGGGGUAGUAAAUCACUUCGGUCUUUAGGGAAAACACGUAGAUGUGGUAAACUUAAGUGCUUAGGAGUUUCUAGACACUUUGAAGGCCUCUAGGGCCUCGAUGGAGUAUUUCCCCUCACUAUCCUGAAGUGCUGAAGAAACUUAUUGAUGUGACACAGUAACAUGUUUUUUUUUUCCUUUGGGAGAUAAUGAUUCAAUAGCAUAGAGGAACUGUUUGUAUAAGAAAUGAAGUCUUUACUUUGCCGUCCAUCUGUCUGUCAGGCCCCUGGCCAAAUACAACUGCAUGAGAAAAGGCAGUUUGCAGACUGGGUCAGGGGGAGCGGAGGGGGUCGUGGUGAGGGGUACACAGACUGAGGUGGCACCAUUACAUCAACCGAGGGGGUGGGGAACAACCUUGGCUCUACCCACUGAAUGUACAGAGGAACCACUGUUGACCCACCCACCCCCCAAACUUUCUCUAAUGCACUGACCCAGGUAGAGGUCAACAGAGCCAAGCACAGCUGUCCCUAUUGGUGAGGAGAUACCACUCAAGAGCCCUUUGAAACAUCCUCCUCCAUUGAAAUCAAUGGGAAACCUCAGUCUCACUACCACUCACCUCUCCCCUCCACUCUCUGGUCCUGUGAGGCUCUUCCCCACUGUAAAUAAACACAAGUCCUGUGAUGGUAUGAGCCAGUUGUUUGUAUAGUAGGGACCACAUCCAACAUUUUCAAAAUAAAAGUCCCUCUCCACAAGGCGUGGCUUACUACUGGAAUGUGUUGCAUUUUGUUUUUCAAGAAAAAUAAGAAAACCACAGUUUAAAAAAAAUCAAUAAUGAAUAAAAAUCUGAGAUGUUCUUCAACAGUUUGUGUUGCAAUGUAGUAACUAAGCACCAUGGAAGCCAACUAACUCGUCAGUGUAAAUAAAUGAAUUAAAGAUAACUUUAGAUAAGUAAACAAAGUGACACACGUAGACUAGUUAACUUGUGAUAUGUGUUGCGCAUAUUUUUGUGUUCAUUUUCUCUCUACUAUCUUUUAUCACCCUGUAAAGAAACAAAACAAAAAAAAUAUGGAAAUGUUUCUAUCCUUCUGUAACCUCUUAAUGUUCUUUUUGCGGUGAUUUUAUCUUGUGCAUUUGUGAAAGAAUGCCUCUCAUUCUCUUUCUGUCCAUAUGAACAAAUGAUUAUAAAUAUUAUAUAUGUGUAAGUCCGUCCGCUGCUGAAUUAAUACUGCUCUAUCCUGCUGUAUUAUCUUUCUUAUCAAAUGCUUAGCCCCCACGCUAUACCCCUGUGUUACUCUCUUAUUUUUAUGCUAAUAUUUAUAUUGCUGUUUUAUUUUCUCUUGGACACUGACAUUUCAAAUAAAAAGAUUCUGAAAUCAUUUAAAAAAUA